CGCGGCCGAGAUCAUGGCUGGAGGCAAAGCUGGAAAAGACAGUGGGAAGGCCAAGGCUAAGGCAGUGUCUCGCUCACAGAGAGCUGGGCUCCAGUUUCCUGUGGGCCGCAUCCACAGACAUUUGAAGACUCGCACCACAAGCCAUGGACGGGUGGGCGCCACUGCUGCUGUGUACAGUACUGCAAUUCUGGAGUACCUCACAGCUGAGGUGUUGGAGUUAGCAGGUAAUGCUUCUAAAGAUCUCAAAGUAAAGCGCAUCACUCCAUGCCACUUACAGCUUGCAAUCCGAGGUGAUGAAGAGCUGGAUUCACUUAUCAAGGCCACCAUAAUUUGA